AUGCCUCCCAACCAACCCGCACACCUCACACAUGCGAUCCCCACCAAUUCCCAUCUUUCUCUCACCCCCAAUCUCUCCGAUCUCCCCGAUUCUCAGUACACCGCCGCGCUAAGCGGGCUGAAAAUCACUUACCCCUCCUCUCCCUCCACUCUUCCCCCGUCGGCGCCAAACGACAUGGAAUCCACUGAUCAACACCUCAUAGUCGGACCGACACCUACAAACCCGCUUUUAUGCAUUACUCGUGUUUUUUUUUUAUUGGGAUUAGAGGAUGGGGAGACUACGUGUCGUGGUGGUGGUGGCAGAGUAAAGCAGAGCCCCGUGUCGCGUGGGAAAUUAGGUAUUUCGAGAGUAGCAUACCCGCGCAACUCGCCCCAAAGCGCAACUGUGAUGGACCCCUUUUUUGUCUUUAUCGUUGGUAUUGCAAUAGACAAGAUAGUCGGGUUACUACGUAUGCUAGGCUGUUAG